ACCUUCACUCCAGUGGAUGGACUUCUGUGGUAUAAGUGUUCUCCAGUCUAGAGAGAAGAAUUCUGGGAGCAAAUGUGUGAUUUCCAUGCAUUCCAGGACCACUACCAUUAUACAAGACCCUAAGAAUCCAGAACAUACGAAGACAUUUACUUUUGACCUGGCAUAUUGGUCUCACAAUGGAUUUCAAAAGGAUAAAGAUGGUGUGUUUAUUUCAGCUGAUCCUAGCAGUAAAUUUGCAGGCCAGAGAGAUGUUUUCCACGAUCUUGGCAGGGGAAUUCUGGACAGUACCUGGCAAGGCUAUAAUACUACUCUCCUGGCUUAUGGCCAAACUGGCUCUGGAAAAAGCUAUUCCAUGAUUGGGUUUGGGGCAAACAAGGGUAUCAUUCCAAAUGUGUGUGAAGAGCUAUUUCAAGCAAUUGAGAACCGGGAGAAAAAUCAAGAAUACCAGGUUACAUUCAGCAUGCUGGAAAUUUACAAUGAACAGGUAAGAGAUUUGCUGUCCAAAACCAAGAAACCUGGAGGGCUAAAAGUAAGGGAAGACCAACAACUGGGCUUUUAUGUGGAUGGUCUAAAGUCAGUGCCUUGUGAGAACUAUGCCCAGAUUGAAAGACUGAUGGAACAAGGAACAAAAAUAAGGACCACAGCUUCGACCAACAUGAACACCAGCAGCAGCCGGUCUCACAUGGUCAUCACCAUUCAGUUCAAGCAGGUUUUCCUAGACAGAGACCUCAGCAAACAAUCCAGUAUUAAUUUGGUGGAUUUAGCUGGAAGUGAAAGGCAGAAAUCUUCAGGAUCUGAAGGUGACAGACUGAGGGAAGGAUCACGAGUUAACUUAAGUUUAACCAAUUUAGGAAAUGUUAUCAGUGCUCUGGCUGAUGGAGCCAUGGGGAAGAAAGUCUUGCACAUUCCCUACAGAGACUCUGUUCUGACCAAACUGCUCCAGUCAGCUCUGGGUGGGAACAGCAGAACUACUUUGAUAGCAGCCAUAAGUCCGGCUGACAUCUGCUAUGAGGAAACUUUAUCAACAUUAAGAUAUGCUGAAAGGGCUAAGAAGAUCCGGAACAAAGCCGUGGUCAACACCUCGACCCUGAUGAGAGAGUCCAGGGCAGAGAACAACAAACUGCUGCUUGGACGUGGAAACUCCAGAAUGGCAGAGCUGCCAGCCUGUUGGCUCAGGCCUCCCACUGAUCAGAUGAGCUGGGCGCACCAGCUGGAGCAGGCCCGGAGCGAAUGGCAGCAGCACUUCGUGGCCAUUGCCCAGGAGCAACAGAUGAUGAAGACCUUCCCGCACCUUCUCAACGUCAAUGAAGACCCGCAGCUCACGGGGGUUCUCAAGUACUUCAUUGAAGCUGGUUCGUGUGAUGCUGGUCAGGCAGCUUCAAAUGCCAUCACUCUUCAAGGUUUGGGAAUUUCAGAUAAACACGCUUCCUUCACAAAUUCGGAUGGUAAGGUGACGGUGACUCCACACGGCAAAUGCAAGGUCAUCGUUAACGGGGUGCCCAUCACGACCAAGACGAAGCUGCAGCAUUUGGACCGACUUAUUUUGGGAUCCAACAGCGCCUACCUCUACAUCGGGUUUCCUUCAGAGCGAGGCAGUGAGGACUUGAGCAGAUUUGAUUAUGACUUUUUCCAGCUGGAGAGAGCGGCUUCGGAGGGAGUGAGUGUGGACAAGCUCGGUGCUGUGAACAGUGGGGAUGGCAAGGCAGACCCCAGUGUCCUGGCUGUGUUCCAGGACUACAUCAAACUGAUGCCACUGGUUGCAGAAGCAAAUCAGAUGAGUGAAGAGCUGAAGAAGGGACUUAACAUGGAGCUGAAAGUGAAGAACUUAGCGUCGUCAGAUUCCAGGGGCCAUGACCUACAAAAAGAGGUCAUGGUAAAGGCGACCAAUCAAAGGACUCAUCAGGUGUGGAUUUGGUCAAAAGCCAAGUUUAUCAAUAGGAAAUUCCUAAUGGAGGAACUUUACCAGCGUUUUCUGGAUGGAGAAGAUAGCCACGUAGCUCAGGAAGACGACCCUUUCUGGGAUCCUGCUGAGGUCAUCCACUUGGGCUCAGCUCACAUCUGGCUCCAGUCACUUGCCUACUGCAUGAAGUUCGAAGAGCAAGUGGAGUUUCUGAACUGUGACGGGCUAGAAGAGGCAGUGCUGCAUAUCCACAUAGGCCCCUGCUCCCCGACAGGACAAGCACGUGGUGAGGAGGAUGUGGUUACUGACCCACUGGAGCUGCUGGGCAAGAGAAUGGAUUUCCAGAUUCGCAUUGUACGGUGCCUUGGCACCAAGUGGCUAAAGGAAGAUGCAGAGCGGGGUGUGCAGAUGGGGUACAGAAUUUAUGAUUUUCCAAACACUUUAUACACCAAGCCUGUAUGGAAAAUUGUGAAUCCCCAAAUUGAAGAGACUGUCCAAUUUACAGCCUUAAAUGCAUCUCAGGAGUUUCUGAAUUAUUUACAGACGAAUGCUCUCAUUGUUGAUUUAUGGGGUCUUCAAGAAGGCUGUGCCGAACUGAGCUGCUCUCAGCCAGGCCUCAUGGUCACAGGUGAAGGCCACAUCAUGGUGGACACCAAGAAAAUAUCCGCUGUGAUGGAUAAGGGCCAGGCUACAUCAAACCAGAUACCAGAACUUUAUCUGAAGCUGCUCAAGUUAGAACAGGAGACAGAACUGCUCAGAAACCUUAACAGAGUGCUCAGAGAGGAAAAUGUGUUUCUUAAAGAAUCUAUUGAGAAAACUGGUUCCACUCAACAAGCACAUAAGCCUUCCAAUACCCUGAAGUUAACUGGGAUGACAGCACAACUGCCAGCAGCCAGAGAGGUCAAUCAGAUGCGCACCCAGCACGCCAGCUGUGACAGAGAAUUUGCCAAAGCUCUUAAGGUGUUCUACCAAAGCAUGAAUGUGGCAAGAGGGCAGUUUCUCAAACUGAGACAUCAUAAACCUCCUGAAGACGAUCAAAUGCUUCGACCAUUUGUACACCAGCAGUCACAAAUGUUAAAGGACUUUGGGGACCUACUUGAAUCCAGCUUGUGGAAACUGAAAAAUGAUGUUGCUCUUAUAGUGAAAAAGAAGAGAGAAUGUUUAUUGCAUAUGGAAUAGUGAGGAUACACCAACUGAAAACAUUUGAGCUUUGAGUUCUGAAGAUUAUUUGUGCAGCUAAUAAGCUUAAUUAACUUGGCUCUCAGAGCUGAAUUGUGGACUCAACCUAGUCAACCCAUUUCCCACUCACUCAACCUAUUAUACCACUUUUAAGCAAAACUCCUCUUCUUCAAUUUGAUUUAAAAUCAUGUAAAAAUGAAUCCAUAACCAGGUGAAGGUGAGGUGGGAAAUAUGAAAGGUGAAUGGUCAGCACUCUGAGCUCUGGGAUCGACUGCCUGGGGUUGAAUCCAUCACUAAUCAAUUGUGUGGUUUGGGGCAAAGGACUUCCCCUCUCUAAGUCUCUUUCCUUAUCUGUUAACAGGGGAACGGUAACAGUACUUACUGCAGAUGGUUAACAAAUAUAAAAGAAUAUAAAGCACUUAGAAUGUGCUUGGCACACAGAAGGAAUUGAUAAGCACCUGCCGUUAAAUAUUUUCAAGAUCAACAGCUCCAAACUUCAAAUAAAAGCUCUUUUGAUAAGUUUCUUGCUGUCUCACCUAGAGAAUGGUUAUUUCAUGCCCCUCAUUUUGUAUCCUUGUUCUGAACAAAUUUGAUAUUCUACCUCCACUUAUUUUCUGUCUUCAUAGGUUUAUUUGAAAUAGGUUCAAUUCAUUAAGCAUCGUUAGUGCCUGUACUGUGGGACCCGUUCAGUGCAAGGGCCUGGGGUGGCAGAGAUUAAGAUUUACUAUGAGAUCUGCCGGGAAUUAGUCAAUCUCGAAGAGAUCUUGAUUCCACAAAGAACUGAUUGAUGAGUCUUAGUUAAGGACCCACGGGCACUGAGUGCUCUGGGGAAAGGCUUGUAAAGAAAACUUUUGCGGCCUUAGACAGACUAACAAUAGCAGCAAUAACAGAGACUUAUCCAGUGCUUACUGUGUGCCAGGCACUAAUCUAAGUGCUAAACAUCUGUGAGCUCAUUUAAUUUUCACCAGAAUUCUAUGAAUUUGGCCCUAUUACUUUCCCCAUUUUGAGGCUUUAAAGGUUAAACAAACGAGGCUUGCCCAGGCACUGUAAGCAGCAGGCUGACUCUGGGACUGCGUUCCUAACCACAGGCCUGGGGCCUUAAUAUGCAGGACUGUCCCAAGGAGCAGUCUGACUGAUUUGCAUAAGCACAGGAAGGAGGCAAUAGAGGUGACAACUCCAACACUUGCUCCCUAAAAUAUAAAGUUAGGGGCACUGAAACUCUACUGGCAGGAGAGGCUAUCAAGGGCUCCAAGAGGAGUCUCCCUGGGAAGGCAGAGGCAUCUGGGCUGGUGAUUUCAGCUUACUACCAGGGCCCAAGGGCUUAUGGGAGGGGCUUGGGUUUUGCCUGUAGCUCAGGUCCUGGCUGAGUGUAUGCACAUGAACUAAAAAAUAACCUGUAACCUUGGAGCCCAAGUGUGGAGCUCCAUGUUGGUGAUGGCAGGGACAAGGGUCAGCAAAGCAUCACAGAAUCUAGGAAAGCCUUUGUCCUUGAGGCAGGAUAGCAGUGAGGCCAUGGGAAGCAGGAACGACUUCUACCUCUUGGACUAAGACUUAUUGCUUGAGGCAAGUAAAUAUACUUUCUGCGAGUGAGCAGGUGGAGCCUUGGAGGGUUAAAAAGAAUAUCAGGAUGAGACACUUGUACCUCAAACUCGAGGACAGGGUCACACAGGUGGUCAUAUAUCAGCAUCAACACUAGAGCACAACACAGCAUGCAUCGCGAAAGUGGAAAGAUGCACAUGGAGUCUCACCCAGUAGCUCCCAAGUGCAGAUCUAAGCCACGGAUUCCUAGGGCCCAAACAUCACACCUCCCGAAUGCAAACUGCUGGGGUCCGCUGGGGAACCUAUAUUAUUUGUGGUUCGGAUAUGCAGCUAGUCAUGAGAUCUCUUGCUCUUGUCCAUCUUCCUGAUUUUAGAGAUGAUAAAACCUCUUCUAAGGUCCCACAAAUUAGUGCACAGCUGAGACCCGAUUCAACCAGCCCUGGGCAGAGGAAGCAAAGUUAGGAUGGACAGUACUAUCACCAAGGAUCUCCCUCCUCAAGUUAAAUAGACCCUCUUUCUUCUGUACAGGCAGCACAGAUGGGCCUCCCAACAUGAAUAAGAUUCCUAUCAAUGUCAUGCCUCUCACUGUAGAGUAGAAAUUCCAUGAAGGCAAUGGCUGUCCUCUUUACAUAAUGAACGUAACAGAACACUUAUGUGUGUUUAUUAUAUGCUUAUUACAAAAGGAAAAGUCCUUUGCCUUAUUUUUGGGCUUCAGUGGAAACCUGGUUAAAAUAUAAAAAGUAAAUUCGAGAAAAAUUUUGCUUAGGCAGUGAAAAUCAAUAGAAACUUACCAGCUA